UUGGUGUGCAUGCCUACCCAGGUCACAUCAACACCAUUUAAAAUAUAAUAAAACUGAUAGUAAUAUUGUAGGGGGUAGUGAUGCCCAACCGGGGGCUAACCCUCACAUGUGUUCCCUGCAGUUGGACGGCAAACACGGUUGCGGUGCGUCUAUAAUCAGUGCCCAAUGGGUGGUUACGGCUGCACAUUGUGUCAGUGAACAUGAUCCAGCACAAUUUAUACUGCGUUGCGGUACAUUAAAACACGCUGAGCCGGGUACUGACUUUAAUAUCGCUGAAUUCAUUGUACACCCUGAAUUCAACCAUGGUGCUUACAUGGACAACGAUAUUGCAUUAAUCAAACUCGCUAGCGAAAUACCGUUAGGCACAGGUAACAUGGACAAAAUUUCACUACCUGACCAAGGUUCAGACAUGGAGCCUGGUGCAAUGAUAACAGUCACCGGGUGGGGAUACCUUCAAAGUGGAAGUGGUGUUAACGCCGAUAACCUGCAAACGGUUGACUUACCGGCAGUUUUGAGGGCUGACUGCGUGAAUGACUACCCUUUCCAUGAUAUCACGGAUAAUAUGUCGUGUGCCGGAUAUGACGAGGGUGGUAAGGAUUCGUGCACGAAUGAUUCAGGUGGACCGGCUAAAUAUAAUAAUGUGCUAGUUGGUAUCGUGUCAAUGGGGUUUGAAUGCGCUAAACCACAUCAGCCGGGUAUAUAUGCCAGGGUGGGACAGUAUAGG